AUAUAUGUAUAUAGGUAUGUUAUUUUAACCGCGCUCUUUCACUUGACCUACUAUAUAUAUAUAAUAUAUAUAUUUGGGUCCGUGCAUAAGUUCCUGGAACUAUAGACGGCGCCAAAAUUCUCUAUACGUAGUGUCUCUGUACGGUUCACUAAUUUAGGUCUGGAAGACAUCUUGUUAUUUCGAAUAAUUUGUGGUUCAACACAUUCACAUAAUUACGUAGUAGUAUAUCUCCGAGAAAAACUGAAAAUAUUUUUAACGAAGUACGAUGGCGAAAAUUCCAUCUGAGCUUAUAUCGCAUAAGCAAAAAGUGUGUAGUCUGUACAAGCGUGCUGUACGUGGGUUGUGGGAUUAUCAUCACGACAUCGACAAGUUCAGGAUCGAAGCAGUGCUAAUGAGAGAACGCUUUGAUAAGAAUAAAAAUAUAAAGGAUUUACGCCAAGCGAAAGCAUUGCUACUGGAAGGAGAAGAAGAAUACUUUAAUAGAUCACAUCCUGUACCAUUUAAGUUUGCCAAAUCAAUCGGAGGAAGCGCAUAUGGACGAGAAGCUCAUAUUCCAGAUUCGGUCAUGGAUUAUUGGCAUCCCUUGGAGAAGGCUUGUUACCCAAAAUACUUUGCGCGUCGUGAACAAAUGAAAAACGAGUACAUUGAGUGGUACUUUAAAACGUAUCCAGAAGAAAAAGAAAAACAGAAAAUCAGUGAUCAGUAAGCAUACUAGUAAAAUAUAUAUAUUCAUGUUGUAUCAACAUAAGUUGUAGCUAUGUAUAUAUAAAAUAUGUAUAAUACAAUAUCUAUUAAUACAAAAAUC